UUGGCAUUUAAAAAUGGCGAACUAGACUCGUGAAAAAAGUUAAGGUUAGAAUAAACAGGAGAAACAAACAUUAUUUCUAUUUACUCCAAUGUCCAUAUUUAACGCAAAAAUGGGACAAUUAUUCAAAUCUACAUUUCAAACUUAUGCAAAAUUAUGCUACACAUUGUGGCUAAGAGGCAUGAAAAGCGACACGAAACAGAGUUACACGAAAACCGUGCUGUUGCCGCAAACUAAUUUUCCGGCACGACUCAGUGGCAAGAAAAGAGUGGAGAUGGAUAGCUAUUUAAGAGAAAAAUGUGGUUUCUUGGAGUUAUAUAAUUGGCAAAGGAAAAAUCUUAAAGGGCCAGAUUUUAUUUUACACGACGGUCCACCAUAUGCUAAUGGAGAGCCACAUAUGGGUCAUGCUAUUAAUAAGGUCCUUAAGGAUAUUACACUUCGAAAUAAAAUUAUAACAGGUAGAAGGGUGCAUUAUAUCCCAGGUUGGGACUGUCAUGGUUUACCAAUUGAGCAAAAAGUACUUAGUAAUAUAAAAGAUGUUAAUCCAUUAGAAAUUCGUCAAAAAGCUAGGAAAUAUGCAAGCGAAGCUAUAACAAAACAGAGAGAAGCUUUUAUAUCGUGGGGUAUUAUAGCUGAUUGGAAUGAAUCAGGAUGUUAUUUCACAAAUCAUAUUUCGUAUGUAAAGAACCAGCUGCAACAGUUUAUAAAUUUGUAUGACAAAGGACUUGUGUUCAGAGCCUUCAAACCAGUGCAUUGGUCACCAUCCUCUAAAACAGCAUUAGCAGAAUCAGAACUGGAAUACAAUGAGUCUCACAAGAGCAAAAGUGUUAUUAUUCGUAUGCAACUUGACACAUGUACAUUAUUCUCGAAAUUAAAAAAUUUAGAGAAUAAGCCACUUUAUGCUCUAAUCUGGACUACAACACCAUGGUCAUUGAUAGCUAAUCAAGCUAUAGCUUUCUCCAAUAACAUUGUAUAUUGUAUUGUAGAGGACAAUUUAAAAAAUCUAUAUAUUCUUGCACAAGAAUGCUUAACAAGUAUCGAGCAGAAGCUUGGUCCACUAAAAUUAAUUACAAUCAUUAAAGGACAAGAAUUGAGUGAAGCUAAGUAUUUUCAUCCCAUUACUAAAGAACGUUUACCAUUCUUACCUGGACAGCAUGUUACAACCAAUGUCGGUACUGGAUUGGUUCAUACAGCUCCCGCACAUGGUCCAGAGGACUUUCUCAUUGCAAUUGAAAAUAAUAUAUCAGUAUCAUCCUUGGUAGAUGACGAUGGAUGUUUUAUCAGAGAAACGGGUGAUGAAUUCGCCGGUUUAGACGUAUUAACCGAUGGCGCUAAUAAGAUCUUACAUCACAUCGGUGAAAAUGUGUUGCAUAUCGAUACGAUUACACACAGCUACCCAUAUGAUUGGCGAACUAAGAAACCUGUAAUCAUACGCGCAAGUGACCAAUGGUUCAUAGACAUAAAAUCUAUUAAAGAAAUUGCAAUUGACAGCAUCGCGAAUAUAAGAAUAUAUCCGGAGCAAAAUCAUACGUCGUACUUAAAUGCAUUACUUGCUCAAGUUAAACAACGACCGUAUUGGUGUAUUUCCCGACAAAGGUCUUGGGGAACGCCGAUACCGAUAUUGUAUAAUAAACGAACUAAUGAUAUAUAUACAAGCAGAAAAUGGGUCGACAGAUUGUGCAAAUUAAUGGAACGCUACGGUCCCGACUAUUGGUGGGAGCUAUCAAUCGAAAAAUUAAUUGGUCGCGACCUAAGGCAAGAAUUAAACAAUAAUAUUGAUGAUUUGGAGAAAGGAACGGAUAUCAUGGAUAUUUGGUUGGAUAGCGGUCUUUCGUGGUCGGCCGUUUUGCCGGAAUAUAAAGCGGAUUUAUAUUUAGAAGGAAUGGAUCAAUUUCGCGGUUGGUUUCAGUCAUCAUUACUAACAUCCAUCGCUCUUCAAGAACGUUCUCCUUAUAGCGCGCUAUUCGUGCACGGAUUUGCUGUGGAUGAUAAAGCCUCGAAAAUGUCGAAAUCAGUUGGAAACGUCAUAAAUCCUGAAGUAAUUACUAAAGGCGGAGAAAACUUGAAUAAACAUCCAGCGUAUGGCGUCGACACUUUAAGAUGGUGGGUAGCUAGCCAUGGAUGUCAACAUAGUCAAGUUCCAGUUACGACAACGUUAUUGCAUGAAAGUCACGAAUCUAUACAAAAAUUACGUUUGGUCUUACGCUUCCUGUUGGGCGUUUUACAUUCCUAUAGCGAGGGAAUCACAGUCGAACCGAAAUAUCUUUAUCUUGACAAGUAUAUGUUACAUGCCCUAUAUCAAUAUGACAAAGAGAUUCAAAGCUUAUACGAGAAUUUUUUAUAUCAUCACGUAUGUAAACUGAUAACAAAUUUUCUGACGAAUACAGUAUCGCCAGUAUACUGUCACUUAAUUAAAGACAGACUUUACUGCGACGAAGUGGGAUCUCCGACGCGUCUAUCCGCAAUAGAAGUAACGCGUGAGACCUUGACUGUACUUGCGAGAUCUAUCGCACCAAUUGUUCCGCAUUUGGCGGAAGAAGUAUGGCUUUAUCAUCCUGAAAAUUUAGCAUCGGUGCCAUUGUAUCAUACUGAAUAUAAGGUACCGGAGACUUGGCAUCAACCAGAGAUCGCUAAGCACAUAAAAAGAGCGUUAAGCUUGAGAGGCAAAGUUAAUACAUUAGCUGAUCGUAACACAUGGGAAUUGUCGGGUACUAUAACAGCUACAACGACUGAUCAUGAAUCUUUUUCGAUACUUCAAAAACAUCGAGAAUCUUCCACAUCGGAAUUUUGUGAUAUUUUACAACUCUCGUCAAUUACGUUGAUAGAAUCACCUAUGAUAAACGAAACACAGAUUGAAUUACAUAAUACGGAGAAAAUGCUCUGUCAAAGGUGUAGAAGGCAUCCCGAAACAGAUAAAAACGGCCUUUGCAGCCGCUGCAUUAAGGUACUCGACAUGACGAAUGUAUCAUCGGUAUCCGUGUAAGCGCAAGAAUUGUUUUGUUUAACAAACUAUCAAUUUUUUGCUAAAUAAAUAAAUAUAUAAAAGAGAA